AUGCUAUCUGACCCGAGCGAGCCACCUGGUGGUGAAACUGAUCGUCUUCAACAGUGCGAACUUCAGAAGAUUUUCCUCAAACUAUCCAGAAUGAAAGGUUUUCUGCUACUCGCCAUCUAUGCAGCUUGUCUAUUGAAGACAUCAACUGGCGUUCGUGUCGCCGAGUUGAACAGAAUCUUUGAUCAAGCACCUUACGGAUACUGGGCGGCACUAGCGGCCAACAGAGGGAAGAAGCCACAGUCUGGAAGAAGUGGGGAUAUUGACAUUGACGUUGACCCGCAAUUCUUCGAUGAGUUUUGCAAACCAAAAGUAGAAGUUUUGAAAAAUGGUGAUGUGUGUUUCGUCGUGCAAACGUCAUGCCGAAACAAUAAAAAGGACUUUCAAAACGUAAUGAAGAGCAUCACAAACGAUAUGGCGGACAUCCUUACCGAGCUGGAUGAUCAAACCAUGUACAGCACCGUCACUUACUCUGGUACAACUAAGAUAGUCGCAAAAUGGAGACAAAAUCUUGGCAAAAUCAACACAGGGAAACUAAAAGGCGGAAAGUUAUGUGAAGACUGUCGAGCAAGAACGGAUCUCGCUAUUGACCAAUGCAAGGAGAUGUUCGAUGAUAAGAAAAUUGCUGGGAGAGAUGUUCCAAAAACAAUUGUUCUCUUUACCGACGGUGUGUCCUUUGAUUCAAAGUAUCAAAAUCAAAAUAUCACCAGAGACCUCACGAAUCAGAAGUUAAUUCAAAUCCAUAAUGAAAAUAAGAUAUCACUCCAAGUUGUAAGAAUAAAAGAGGAUCCCGGUGCAACCAUAGAAGUUGAUUAUGAAUGGCCUCAAAUGAAUCACAUCUCUGGGGAAAUGAAAGACACAGUAAAUAUAGACGAUCUCGGGGAAAAAGACGAUCAAGACGUUGACAUCCGAAUUGUUGGAGAGGUAGAAAUAGAUGAUCCCGAACUCAUGACACCGUGUUGUACAGCAGAUGUUGUUUUUGUACUUGACACUUCGGAUAGCAUCACAAAAAAGGAUGUCGCUUUACUUCUGGAUUUCAUCCAUGGCUUCAUUGAAGUGCAACUCAAAAUCAUUGACCCGAACGCCCUCGAUAAACAUGAAGGUCUCCAGAUCGCUGUUUUGACAUAUUGUGGGACAGUAAAGAUCGUGGCCAAUCUUGGCGAGCAAGGAAGAGAGGAACUCAUGUUGACCAUAGAUGCUAUCAACAGAGACACUGUUAACUGUCACUACACAUCAACCCAUCUUGCAUUAAGGGAGGCAUAUGCACAACUCACUGGACCAAAUCAACGUAUAGCACCACACGUGAGGAAGAUUGUAGUUCUAGCCACUGAUGGUCGAACAUGGAAAGUUGGCCAUAAUAAAGUCUAUGGAGGGCCUGAUACAAUUGAUGCUGCGCAAAAGAUCAAAGACGAUCUCAAAGGAGAGGUCUUUGUUGUCGGUUUACCAAACUACAAGCAGCGUCCGGAUGUGGGAGAAUGGAUGGCAAUGUCUUCACCUCCGAAGAAUUGUACAUUUGUUGACAUGAGAGAGGGAACGUUUGAAGAUCUCAAUUCAGUUGGAAAAUAUCUCACCAAGAAGAUUUGUCUGCAGUCAAAUGCCGAGUUCUGUUACUUUGACUAUGACCACAAUGUCAAUAAUGAUUAGGAAGACACGUUUGGUAGAACAAUAAAAGAUGAAAUUAACAUGGAGUCAGUUGCUUGAUAAGGUGUGCGUUAGAAAUAUGUUGACAAACAAGAUUUCUCGUUUUGUUCUGCUAACCUUAAGAUAUGAAUAGAGCAUAGAAAUAAACAUUGAA